GACAGCAACUCAGCUGUUUGUUGAUCCUCAGGACGAACGAUUGAUUGCAUUGAUAAAAUUGAAUAAGCAAUAAAUAUCGCGACCAUAAAGUACAAGAGCACAUUUAGGUGAACGUAUUAGCCCGAGUUAUAUCCUGCAAUUAACCGGUUAAGUGUGUCGCUGUAAAUUCUACAUUGGGAUUGGGUUUUGAAUCACACUCACACGAUGAACUACUUGCGCACAGCAUGCGAAAUCGCACGUAGGUCCGCCACUGGCCUGCAGCAUAAGCCGGCAAGGACGACGUUGUUUCAGUCACGUAGCGCCCGUGCGUUCUGUUCCCAGGUAGAACCAAAGCAGACGCCCAAACCGAGCCCUACGAUUGGCAAUGGGCCGAAACUGAGUACACAUACCCACUCUCCAAACAACUUGGAAAAACGUAUGCUUGUGUUUACGAAACGAUACAAAUCGUUGGAUGAAGUGCCCAGCUUCGUCAGCCAAGAAACUAUGGAGCGGGUCCGGAAUCAGGUGCGCAUCAAGAUCGCCAAUUACAUGAUGAUUGCGACGGCGAUCGGUUGCAUCAUUAUGGUGAUCAGCGGGAAGCAGGCACAGGAGCGAGGAGAGUCCGUGUCCCAGAUGAACCUUGACUGGCACAAGGAGUACAACGAGAAGGCUCGCCAAGAGUACGAGGCUUCCCUGGCGGCCGAAGCGAAAAAGUGAAAACCUUUUACCAUCUCUGUUCGGAUGUAUUUGAGUUUUGAGUAUUUGUUGUCCUCGCAGUUGUUCUGCCACACCAUGAUGUAAAUAAAGUAGGUGAAUGAAUAGGCUUGGUAGAAUAUUAUUCCUUUUUAUUAUACGCUCGCUCUCUUGUAGGUCAGUAAAGCUGAAUCGUCUCAACAGUG